AUGUCUGACCUAUUACCAUUAGCCACUUACAACUUAAAUAUCGAGCCAUACACUCCAACACCUGCCUGUGAUGAUAAGAUGCCAGUGACCAUUAAGAUCACUAUGGCUGCGUUGAAUCCAGAAGCCUAUGACAAGGAAAACAAACCAUCCACCUUGAGAAUUGUGAAGAGGAAUCCAGAUUUCCAUGAUGCUGAUUAUGAUGACAUUUUAAAUGGUGAUUACGACGAGGAGGAAAUGGAUGAUGAGGAAGAAGAGUCUGAAGAAGAAGAAAAAUCUACCAAAAAGAAUAAGAAGGCUAAAAAGGCUGAGAAGGAAUCAUCUUCUGAAGAUGAGGAAGAUGAAGAAGAUGAAAGUGAUGAUGACGAAUUUGAAGAAUACGUUCUCUUGACUUUAUCUCCUAAGAGUCAAUUUCAACAAAGUUUGGACAUUACUAUUGCCCCAGAGGAAGACAUCCAAUUUAUUGUCACUGGUUCUUACGGUAUUUCUUUAACCGGUAACUACAUUAAGCACCCAUUCGAUACUCCAAUUAUUGAUGCAGAAGAUGAAGAUAGUGAAGAUUACGAUAGCGAAGAUUAUGAAUCCGCUGAAGACGAAUUGGAUGAUUUAAUCAAUGAUGAUGAGGAAGAAGAAGAUGAGGAAAUUCGUAUUGAGGAAAUAAUUGAAGACGAUGGGGAUAAAUCAAAGAAGCAAAAUAAAAACAAAAAGAGAAAGCAAGAAUCUGAAGAAGAAAAGGAAAAAGUGACAUCUAAGAAGGUUAAACAAUCAAAAGUUGAACCUAAAGAUGAAGCUCCAAAGAAAAACAAUGAAAAACCAAAGACUCAGGCAUUAGAGGGAGGUAUUAUUGUUGAAGAUCGUGUUGUUGGUAAAGGUCCACAAGCCAAGAAAGGUUCUAGAAUUGGGAUGAGAUAUAUUGGUAAGCUUAAGAAUGGCAAAGUCUUUGAUAAGAACACAAGCGGGAAGCCAUUUGUUUUCAAGUUAGGUCAAGGUGAAGUGAUCAAGGGGUGGGACAUUGGUGUCGCUGGAAUGGCUGUUGGUGGUGAACGUAGAAUCGUCAUCCCUGCUCCAUAUGCAUAUGGUAAACAAGCUCUACCAGGUAUUCCAGCUAACUCACAAUUGACCUUUGAUGUCAAACUGGUUUCUAUGAAAUGA